AUGGGCAACUUCUUUCCUUCAGUAACGCUUGAACCACAACAGAAAACUGAACUGGAAUCAAAGUUGAAAAGAAAAAUAGAUUCUGUUGGUGCCUAUCCUGUAAGGAGUCCCAAGAAAAAGGUUCAUACAAAAUCCGAAACAAAGAAAUAUCUUCCAUCUGAUAUACUUCAGUUUUUUGAUAUUCCCUUAGUCAACAGGGAAAUAGCCUGCAGAAACCUGAUGGACAGCUUAAUAGAACAAAAAAGCUCAGCGAACCAUGGACUGCUCCCUAUUUUGAGCCAGCAUUAUGGUAGUGGGAAAACUCGUCUUUUAAGAGAGUUUCGACAAGCUUUAAAGGAGAGGAAUGAUCUUGAGCAAUUUACCUGCUGCGAGUCUGAAACUUCAUCAGCAGUAGCAAAUAAUAUUAUGCAAGCAGUUCUUGUGGAUAUGCCUUUAAAUAGGGCAACAUUAACAAAUUCUAUAGAAAAGGACUUGCAAUUUCCAUUGGGUGGUAUAAGUCGUCUCUUUUUAUUAAGGCUAAAGACAUCUAUAGAAGAACAUGCAGCAAUUUCAAAGGAUCCUCUUGUUUCUAAAACGAUGAAUGUUUUACGGUAUGUGGGUGCGUGUACAUACAAUCAUGUUUCUGAUCUUUCGUUUGAAGAAAAAGAUAUUAUUACAGAAUUGAGCUUUUGCUCUGAUUGGAUGCAGUUUCUUCAAUUUUAUUCUCGUAAUAGACUUUACCCAAUAUUAAUUCUAAUAGACGAAGCUUCAUAUCUAGAGUACCAUUAUAAGGAUGGCCAUGUGUCCUUUGUUUAUCUUUGGGAAAAAGUAAUCAAACCUACAAUGGGAUCAUCUUCUCCAGGAAUUUACUUUGUGGCUUGUGGGACAUCUUCAACUCUUACGAAACUGGGAAGAGGAUUGUUAAGAAACGAAACUAAACUGAUUUCUCCCACAAACGCAAUUCAUAUCACGUUAGAAAUGUUAAAAGAAGAGCAUAUUAUGGAGAUUUUCGAGAAAGUAAUUAUAUCUAAGGAUGGAAAACUUAAUGUUAGGCAAUUUACUUCUAUUUUUUGUAAUAUUGGAAACAACUAUGAAUACUUUUGCAAAACAGUUUUUUGGUUUACUAUGGGUGUUCCAAGAUUGGUGCUGUACGUUCUCUCAUCUUUAACGCGACAUGUUAAAAGCAAUGGACCAUUAGAUUUCAGCACGAGAGGAAAGAUUGACGAUGUUUUCAAUAACUUUGAAGCAGGUCCAGAGCUUUCACUUGUGAAAACAGCAAAAGAAAUUUUCCCAUUUAAUGAAUGUACUUCUACUAAGGACAAUUUAUCUCGCUUUCGUUCAAUAUUAACAAUGGGAGUGUUGAGAUUUCCAAUUCCUGUAACAGAGGAGUUUUUGACUGAAAUAGACCUUAUCCAUGAUCUUAACGUAGCCGUGGAAACACCAACUAUCAAUAUUGAUGGAAAACCAACAGUCAUGAUCAAAAUGUUCAUUCCAAGGUUUACAUUGAUUAAGGCAGCCAAGCAAGAAAGCUUGCAACAUUUAUCUGUCCUAGCUUCUCUUCCUUCCAAUUACUACAGAUACAUAGACAAGGUCGACUUGCUUGAACAACUAUUUCAUGACACAAUACUAACUAGAGUUUUGGUAACCAUCAAAUUUUCAAACGCAACGAGAUGGCAAAACAUCCACUCAAUAUUCUCUCAUUCACAGUUUCUAACAGACAAAAAGGUUGAAAGGGAACAUGAAUUGUUUAUGACCACCUCUGUUUUAGGACCCCCAGCUCCUAAAUCCAAAAGCCCAGGUUUUUUGAUAUCUGUUCCUGAAGGCAAUAGUAUAAUUGGUAUUGCAUGUAAAACCAACAUGUUUUCAUCAAUAUUUAGUCUAAAAAUGCUUCAAGACGAAAUAGAUAAGGCCAGUUUGCUUGAAAAAAACAUUACACUUUUUGUUUUUGCCAGACAGUUGACUGCUGAACUAGUUCAGUCUUGUAAAGAUUUAGGGUACUUAAAGUUGACAGAAGGGAAGUGGUCAUUUGGUUCCGGCUUAAGUUGCUCAAAGCUAACCACACCUCCAACAGGUGUAUGGGCCAAAGGACUCAAAUUUAUUGAGAAGACCAUAAAUGUUUACAAAAACAUGGAGGUUAUUAUAUUGGGGAAUGAUUUGUUCAGUUCAUUCUUUACGAAAGAGGAUAUUGAGCUCCUGACAGAAAUUUCUACUGCAAAAACUUAUCCAAAAAUGGGACUGGUAGAAAAUUGGGUUCAAUCAUUAAUUCAAUAG